AUGCCCCGUACCGGAUCCCUAUCAAUCAAGCAUGCUCUGAGUAUAUUAGACAUCGAUUGCUACCAUGGUACCAACCUUGGAGGCAACAACCCCGAUCGGUGGUUUUUCCUAGAAGCAGCCAGAGCAAAGGUAAAAGGCCAAAAGGUUGAGCGCACGGCUGAAUACUGGGAUCAAGUCCUCGGCAAAUUUGGCGGAGUGAGCGAUUUCCCUUGCAUUGCCUUCACGGAUGAACUCAUUGAGGCGUACCCGGAUGCCAAAGUCAUUUUGGUCGAACGGGACGUGAACUCGUGGACUGGAAGCUUUAUUGAAAUUCUAGAAGAUUGGAGGAGCGACUGGAAGUUUCAAUUGCUCACUCGGCUUGACCCUUGGAUCUUUGGACCACUGUACGAGCUUUUGAUGCUGUCACUGCAGAUACAAUUCAAGGGAACGUCGAAUGAGCACCUCGAAAAGACAGCGGCUCAGGGAUACAAGGAUCAAUAUGCGCAUGUCAAGAAAGUGGUCCCUCCCAAUCAACUGCUGGUCUACACCCUGGGAAGUGGAUGGGAGCCCUUGUGUGAGCUUUUGGGUAAGCCGGUGCCCGAUGUGCCUUUCCCACGACUUAAUGACCGUCAAACUUUCAUCAAAACUACCAAAGAGGGUUGGAAAAAAUACAUUGGUAUUUCGACUGUCGCUGGCACGAUGGCCGUUUUGACUCCGAUUUUACUUAGCUGGUGGAAGUAUCGGAUAGUAUGA